AUGCCCCCCAGCAGAACCCUCUCCUCCCCCUCCCUCCCCAGCAACAGCCCCGGCACCGUCCUCCUCGAAACAAAGCGCCUCAUCAUCCGCCGCUGGGACCCCUCCAAAGACGCCCCCGCCCUCGCCCAGGCCGCAAACCACCCGGCCAUCACGCUCAACCUGCGCGACCGCUUCCCCAUGCCCUACACCCUGGCCGACGCCGAGCACUACCUCAACAACUACGCCCCCCCCCUCGUCAUAGGCGGCGUGAGCCUCGACCCAAAAGGCGACGUCUACUACCGCACCUGGGAGCUCGGCUACUGGCUCACCCCGUCCGCCUGGGGCAAGGGCUACGCCACCGAGCUCGUCGGCGCGCUCGUCGUCUGGUGCUUCGCGACCUGGCCCCGGCUCAACCGCAUCGAGGCCGUGGCGUACGGGCGCAACGAGGCCAGCAAGGCCGUCCUCAGGAAGUGCGGCUUCACGCUCGAGGGCGUCAGGAGGGCCGCGGUGGAGAAGAAUGGCGAGGUGCUGGAUGAGUCUGUCUGGGGCAUCUUGAGGACUGACAUUGAGGAGUUGUUGGAGCCUUCUUCGCUGGGGAACUGA